AUGUCAGCUUCCAAUGCAUCCCAGACAUGCAAGGAUUACAGCUUCAACCACCACCUCCUCCUGCCCGGCUACAUCCUGAUCUUCGUGACGGGCCUGACGCUGAACGUGACGGCGCUGUGGAUAUUUGUGCGCUACCUGCGCCUCAAGUCCGUCGUGAUGAUCUACAUGUUCAACCUGGCUGUCAGCGACCUCACCUUCACCCUCCCCCUGCCCCUGCGGCUCUACUACUAUUCCAACCACCACUGGCCCUUUGGCAACACCCUGUGCCAGGUCUCUGGCUCCGUCUUCCAGAUCAACAUGUACGGCAGCUGCCUCUUCCUCAUGUGCAUCAACCUGGAUCGCUACGUUGCCAUCGUCCACCCGCUCCGCUGGCGCCACGUCCGGCGCCCCAAGGUGGCCAAGCUCCUCUGCCUCAUCGUCUGGGUGAUGAUCUUCGUGGGCUCCAUCCCCACGGCCAUAGUCCACAAGCAAAACCACUGUGAAGUACGGAACCAGACCGUCUACCUGUGCUUUGAAAGCUUCAGCGACAACAUAUGGCAAAACAACCUCUUCCCCCUGGUGGUGCUGGCAGAGCUCUUGGGCUUUCUCCUGCCCCUCAGCUGUGUGACCUACUGCUCGGUUCGGAUCUUCCAGGAGCUCUGCCAGGGCAGCCAGCCCAAAACCCUGCGGCAGCGCAAGACCGUCCGGCUCCUCUUGGUCAACCUGGUCAUCUUCAUCAUCUGCUUUGUGCCUUACAACACCACCCUGGCAGUUUACGGGCUGAUAAAGGCCCAGGUGAUGAAGGUUGACCCAGAAACGCAGAGCUCCGUGCGCCAGGUGCUGAUCAUCACCAUGCUCUUUGCCAGCAUGAACUGCAUGCUGGACCCCUUGAUCUACUACUUCAGCACCGAGGGCUUCCGGAACACCUUUAAGCAGCUGCGGCGGGGUCAGACCUGGGACUCGGAUGUUGGGAUGCUUAAGAAUCAGUCUGUGGGGAGCAAGUCAAGCCGAGACCACGCUGCCUCGAAAGGGCACCCAGCUGAAAACCUGAUCCGUCCCAAGGAAUCCUUGCCAGCCCUUCCUGCUGCAAUGUUUCUGAGCAGUCCUAUUGAGGACUCAGAAAUAUAA